AGCCGUAGCUCAUGUGACAUUAGACGUCUGAAGUCAGAACCGCUGUUCUUUCUACUGACGCUGAAGAUGGCGGCUAGGGCACCUGUUGCAGCAUCAGGUCGCUUCCUUGAUGGAUUACGCAAGUGGUAUUAUAAUAUUGCAGGGUUCAACAAGCUUGGCUUGAUGCGAGAUGAUACAUUAUAUGAAGAUGCAGAUGUGUCUGAGGCUUUAAAGAGGUUGCCACCAAAGGUGUAUGAUGACAGAGCGUUUCGUAUUAAGAGAGCUUUAGACGUAACCUCAAGGCAGCAGAUUCUUCCAAAAGAACAAUGGACAAAGUAUGAAGAGGAUGUACGCUACUUGGAACCAUAUCUGAAAGAAGUUGUCCGUGAAAGAAAAGAGAGAGAAGAAUGGGAUAAGAAAUAGACUAUUAUACCAAAAUAUAUUUGUAUUUAUCAGCAGUGAUAUCUGUGCCACUUCAGUCUUCUCAAUAAAUUGUUUGAGAAACCACAUUCUAAUACUUCUGGACUUUAUAAGCAAAUAAACAUUAUAAGUGAUCA